GCAACAUGGACUACGUCCCUUGGAGGGGCCGGCGGUCUUUCUGGUGAGGAUCAAGUUGAUGAGCGCAUCCUGUUCGUCCAGGAGUACAACCGACUCGCCAAACAGCAUGGCAUACGAUCAUUGAUACACGAAGGACUGGGAUCGGAAUAUGCGGGUCGCUCGCUGGAUCAGCAGAAAAGGGGCUGGUUCUCCCGUACUUUCCUGCGGCAGACGUCAGCGACAAGCCAGGACAACAACGCCAAACCGGAAAAGAAAAUCCAGCACCGGCGUAGCGUGAGCGAUUUGGCAAUGCAGCUAGUCAAUCCGAGAAAGCAUGGGUUGAAAGACGAAGAUCCCGACUCGCUGGUUCGCCUCUGUGGGAAGAGUACGAACACUCGGGGCCUGUUCCGCAUUCCUGGAUCCGUCCGAGUCGUGAGUGUCUUGUACAACUAUUACUGCGCAGAGAAAGACGCGGACAGCAUUUCUAGCACCAUCCGGUACCCGGGUCUGCCUACACACAUCAAUGCCGGCGUCCACGACGUAGCGUCAACCUUCAAGAAGUUGCUGGCGGGCCUGCCAGGCGGCAUCCUGGGCUCUCUCUCUCUUUUUGAUGCGCUGGUGGCAAUCCACAGUCAGCUGCCUGAGGAUGUCGAGAUCAACAAGACCGAGCAGACCAAAAUCCGUGCAAGCCUCAUUGCACUCGCAAUCGGAACUGUCAAGUCCCAGUACCGCAGGGAGCUGAUAUAUGCCGUUUUCGGGCUGCUGAGUCUCAUCGGCCGAGUAGCUGACACGGCUACAGAGCAAGACGAAGGGUAUGACGAUCUAGGAAUCCCACCACCGGCUGCAGACUUGAUGGGAUACGACGCAUUGGGUAUCGUAUUCGGUCCGCUGCUGCUGGGAGAUCUGAUAAACUCCUACACUACGAGUGUGGCUAGCCCACACUCUGGUAUUGUACUCUCCGUCUUCACGCCCCCGAAGCGAUGGAGAGAGCGACGCAAGAGCAGAGCUUCCGAAGAGUCUGUUCUAACUUCGUCAACCGUUGACAAUAUCCACGUAGCCAACAGUGUCGCCGAGAUGGUGAUUUCCCACUGGAGAGAAGUGGUCGUCUACAUGAGAAGCCGGGGUAUGUUUACCACUGGGAAUGGAGUUGCCCCGGGGCAACUCCAACGAGGAGACAAAUGGCUGCGCUCCAUCGCUUCUGAGGCCCUCAUUCCCAAAAAUCCUGCUGAAUGGAACAAGUUCCCACUCCCUUCCGAAGAUGCUGAUACAAGCGAGUCCGUGGUGCCACAGAGCUCGUCCACUUCCAACGGUAAGUCUGCCAAUUCCUCGAAACGGCACCGACUCAGUGCUAAAAUCUUACCAGGAGAUGGAUCUGCCGUCAAGCAGCGUACGAUGCGUGGCAAAUAUUCGACAUGGAGGCGAGGUUCGAAGUCUGCUCAGUCCUUCUCUAACAGUCACUCGUCAGGGAGUGCUUCCCGUCGUCUCCUCCCCCAAACCUUCGAGCCGCCUCCUACACAUAGCCCGGAUGUUCACAACGGGGCUCGGCCUAAGGGCUUCGUCUUGCCUACCAGGAUGAUGAGUGUCGAAGAAUCGGAAGAGCCUCCCCAAUUGCAGGUCCGUCAGGCUCUGGCUCCGGCACGAGAGCCACAUAAAGAGCGCACAGCAAAGGCAGAGUUGCAAGAGCUCGGGAAUUUGUACCUUUUGGGAAAUGCGAGCACUGAGUCCGUUAUCAGGCACCCCGUACCCCAAGCGCGAGAUGGAUCAUAUGAUCCUCCUCCCCAGAGAGUCAGGAUCUUUCAGCCGCCAAAGGGAUACAAGAGUACUGGGGUUAAGCAAGUCGCCCAUGAUGCACCUCGGUCAUCGGCAGAGGGCAGGUUUGGUGGCAACCCGUUGGGACCUCUCCAGACCAGAUCCCAGCCAUUCGAUGGUCCUUCUGAGAAUCGAUCCAAAAUCUCGGCAGAGCCUCCCAGAACUCCGACAAACACCUCGGGCAGGGAGACUCUCUCCCACCCAACCGGUGUAGCGACUGGUGGGAGCGCCGUGAAGGCAAUGGCGGCACUUUUCGAAAGGGCCUCGAAAGAUGCGGAAGUCUUUCCUACACCGGCACGGAACACAGGCCAUGGUGGUGGAAACAAGUGGUCAGGAGAUGGAACGUCGCAAUAUACCAUCAACAGCUCACCAUCCAAGUCACUCAGGUUAAACAGGGCGGGCUCGGUACGGUCGAGCCGUAUUCCUCUGCGAAUGCAGCGAGAAGUAGUCGAAGGAGGGUAUUCUAGCGAUGAUACCCCUGCGGAGAUGGUGCGACAGAAAGGCAAUGCUGGUUCGUCGGUUGGCAAUUGGCGGACCACGCGGUUGCUCUCAAAGCCAAGCUUGGAGACUGAAAGGAUAGCAAACUGGAUUGAGACGUCGUCACCGGUUACUCCCACCAUGAGGCUUCCUCCGUCUCAAGCCGAACUCAUCACUUCAGUAGAGUCUGCUGAGGACCGCCGUAUCGGAGGCUUUGGCAGAACGACGACACGCCUACAGGAAUAUCCCGAAUCCCGACACAUGGACUUUGCUGGACCAACCACCAUUGCACAAGGUCCAGAAGGGAUACUGCCACAGGCACCUCGUCCGGAACAAGCGUCCACGCCUGUCAGAGUCGGGACCAACAAGAGCCCAAGCCGUGGGACUACACUGCUUCGUGCCGAGAUCAAAAACCUCCAAAAAGAGCUGAGUGCCAAAACGGACGAGGUGGCGCGCUUGCGUCGCCAGAUCGAGGCGAAGGAGAAUGUAGAUAUCGGCUCACUCAGGGGGCGGCUGCGGUCAGCAAAUCUCCAAUGGCGGAGUUGGAGGGAGAGAGCCGAAAUCGCCGAGAAGCGCGUGGAUGCCCUGGAGCGACUCGCUGCUGCCAAGGCGAUAACGGAAGAGCAGGGCAAGAGAACCGAAGUUACCGAGCGGCCUGCGGAUGGUCUGGAGCAACUCUUUGUUCCCAAGUCGAGAGCCGAAGAGCCGGAGGGGAAGAAAGAGAAGUUCGUCGUGUUAGCCCUCGCGAAACCCAAGUGGGAACCGGAUGAGGAUGGUCGCAAAGAGUCGUCGGGCGAGGCCUGGGAAACCGACAAUGGCACGAGAAGCUCCGGCGCAGCCAACGUGGAGGCCGGUAUCGAUAUCGAAUGGGAAGCUCCCGACGAGGAGCUGUUCAACGGAGCCGGGAUGUGGAUGGCAGCGCAGGGGCUGCUGGAGCCUUUCGGGGAGAAGUGAAGAUGAAUGGAAUCGGUUUGUCGAAUAUGCUGUAUGUUGCUUACCGCCGCAUAAGGGGGACAACGGCUGGGGAUUCGAAUCGGGUCCAAGGGGACAUCGAAAAAAAUUCACGAGGGGUGAAGGAUAUGCUGUAUGUUGCUUACCCACCCACUCAAGGGGGACAACGGUUUGGGAUUCGAAUCAGGUCCUAGGGGGGUAUCGAAAAAGGGUUAUGAAGGUUGUAGGAUACGGCUGGAGGAACUUACUCCCGGUCAAGGGGGACAACGGAUAGGGAUUAGAGUCCAUUAGCUAGUCUGUUGUGGUUGUCGAAAACUGUACUGAUAGAUGGUAGAGGCAG